CCGUCUUCGCCUUCGCCUCCAUCUCCAGCGUGUCUCUCUGCCAGCUCCGCCUUGGCUCGUCCGAGCUCACCACUCACUACGGUGCCGCCUUUUGGAUCACGCUGGCCACGGGCCUCCAGCACAAGCAGACAGAUCACAGAACAUAGAAAGAGCUAUAUUUUCUGUCAAGGGAAGGCAUAAGGCUGAAAGAUGGUACAGAUUACAAAAAAGGUUGGCUUUCCUCCUCACUCCCCAAAGAACAAAGAUCUGAACUUGGUCUGGGCGGAUGCAGGAAGUGCGCCUCUAGGGGCCGGGGCGGGGACAACACUUCAAGGUACCCUCUAAAACCCACCCGGACCGCACAGACCCCAGCAGACGCAUCCCCGCCACUCAAACCCGGACCGCUGUUUCCUACCUUCGCCUCUUCUAAACACCGCGUGCCUCUCAGCACGCUCGUGGUGGAACCUCACACGCAGCGCUCCCAGGGAUCGGAUAGAGAAGGAACCAGGUCUGGACGUUCCGUCGCCCAAAGCGCACGCCCUUUCUCCUGGAGGGGCUCUCUUCCAACCCCCACUCUUCUAAUUCACUUAAGUACUAGACUACGACCAGACAAACCGGGUCCGGGAUGCUUUCCCGCCCUUCCCCCAGCCGCCCACUCCAAGUAGCCUCAACCUACUCAGACCGCACCCGAGGCUCUGAGGCGCUGCGCCCGCCCCCACCCAGCCUGGGACAGAAAAAGGACGGGUGCACGAGAACCGUGUCCUACGCAGCCAUCCCUCGGACCUCUGCUUCUCCUCGCCCCUUGCCCACAACCCCGGGCAGUUCUAGCACAAACCUAUCAAUGCAAUCCGGGGUCCGGCGGGGCGCGGGAAGCGCUCGAGGGCGGUGAGACCCCGGAGAUCUCACGAGGAACUCCGGGGGUGGGUGUUACCACGGACUCUUAAAGGGUCUUAGGACGGAUGCCUUGCUCAAACGCGUGGCCUGGUGUGCAGGCAUUGACCCAUCCUCUUGGUCUUAGAGCCCAGAUCCGCCCGCGUGGAGAGGAUUUGGGGGCGCCUCCCCUGUCCCCUCGCACCCUCUCCCCCUCUUCUGCCCUCUCCCCAGCCCCAGCAGACCGGUAGAGGCGGACUUGCCCUUUUCGCCGUUCACUCGGCCGCAUUAGCCGAGCCUCGCCACGGACUGGACAUCUAUCCCAUCUGAGCCCUGCGAGCCCGUGCGGUCUCACCUUGCGCGCCCGGGUCCCCUCAGAGCACCUCGGCGGUUCCCGGCGCGCCCGCUUUUUUCCGCCCCGCCCCGCCUCGCCUCGCCCCGCCCUGCCUGAGAACUGGGACGUGCGGUCCGUUUUUCACCCCACAACCCCGCCAGCCCCGGCGCAGAGCUGGAGAGGGAGCCGGACCCGAGCGCAAGUCGCGGGCCCAACUGUGAGGCCGGCGGGAGACAAUCCGCCGUCCGCGCUCGAGAGACGCCGCGGCCGCAGGUCAGACCCAGGAGUGCAUCUCCCGCCCGCGGGCCCGGGUGCUCCGGGGAAGGUGACUGCGGUGGCGUGUGCCCCAGCGCCGCCACGUUUUUGAGGGAAGGGGGAAUUCUAGCUUUGGCUCCCCUGCGCCUCCGUUCUUAACCUGAGGCUAAAAUGAGCCUGUGAGGUCCUAUCCUCCCCCGCAACGACGGUUUGGAGAGACUGGAUUCUUUGGGAACUGGGAAUGUUGGGUGGCCUAGUUUGCCAGGGCCUAGGGGCUCUCUCUGGAGCUCCUCCUGGUACCAGCACACCAUGCCAGAAAGGGAACUUUGGGCAUUUAGAGUCCGGGCUUUCCCCUUCAGCCCUCCCUUGGGACCACGUUGGACUACCUGUGGAGCUGACUCAUCUUUUCCCUAGCCCAGGGUCACCACACUAGGACUUUGGGCCUGGAAAGCAGCCAUGUGGGGAAAGAAACAGGCAACCUGUGUUCUCUCCUGGUUCUAGCACAUCCCGGGGGCUUCACUGCCCUGUCAUGAGGCUGUGCUUUCCUUUCAAGGUUGUUGGGAAGUACGGAACCAGCGAUGCUGCGUAAAUGGUUGUGGCUACCCACCCAAAAGGAGUGGUUAUGAAGCAUGUCCACCUUCCCCUUCAGUUUCUCCCCACCGCCUGGCCUGAGAGCUCACCGCAUGCUUUUACUGGUUGAGUGGUACACCUGGCUGGGGCCCAGACUCCUGAAGACGUAGUGGUGGGGGGAAGGGGCAAGACAUCCUGGGUCAGGGAAGGACCACUGUGGCCACUUCAGCAUGUCCAGCCUUUUGCCUUUAACCAUCCACAGCCCUUCACUGGGGUGGAGUGAGUGGAAUGCUGAGCUUUUGAAUUAUGCUGGGCCUACAUUUUUUUCAUUUGUUUAAUGGGAGAUGGCAAGUCAGGGAGGAGAUCAUCCUCUGGGUUCCCUCCUCUGUGACUAGACAACCUAUCCAGGAGCCCUGAGGGUUUGGCUAGAGAUGAGGCUUUCCCUGAGCUCCUACCUUCCUCUACUAGAUAGUUCCCCAGCCCCAACCCACCCCCUUCUCCAUAUCGCCUUUAGGAGGUCUUCACUGGCCUUAGGCACUCCUUGCGCCACUCAGGAGUCCCAGCCUGAGUCCCCUGCUGCCUCUGUUUCCCUGUCAUCCCUAGGUGAUUUGUUGGCCUGGGAGAGACAGCAGGAAGCCAGCCCCAAACACAUGAGCACCGGGGGCUGCAUCCUUUCUGAGUCUGCCCAGAGAAGCCAAGCUCCAGCCUACCCUCUCUAUAUCACAUUUACAUAACAUCUGUCACUUUUCUUGCUUGGAAUUCAACCUCAUUCUCACAUUUGAUUCUGGCAACCAGGCUAGGAGGUAGACAGUUUAGGCAUGUGUACUCCCAUAGCCAGAAGAGGAAACCAAGGUCCAGAGCAGAUAAGUGACCUGCCUAUGAUCACACUAGUGGACUGGCAACCGCACAGUAUCCUGGCCUCAACCCAGUGUUCUGGCCCCCAAGCAAGACUCUGUCCAAGGAACACACACACACACACACAUACACACACACACACACACACACACACACACACACACACACACACACACACGGCAGGAAGCUGAGUCAAAGCAAGGUUUCCAAUUAAUCUGAGAAAGUUAAGUCCAGGAAGGCAGAGAUUUCUGUCUGCUUUGUUUAUCACUUAAUCUCAAGUGCCUAGGUCAGUACCUGCUAUGUAGUGGGUGCUUAUCAAGUGUUUGUUGAAUGAAUGAAAGAUUCUUGGGAGAGAGUCAGUCUCCUGCCAUUUGCAACACACUCUGGUCUUGGCCCAGCCCCGGGCCUUGAUUCAUAGGGGCCUCAAGAGGCCCUGACUCUCCUGAACUGCUGGAGCUCAGUCUCUCCGUCCUUUGUCUUUUUUCUAGGGUCUCCAUUUUAGGGUGUUCUAACAACUGAGCCCUAUUAACAUUUUCAUCAUGGGCUUCCGCUUGGCUCUGGCAUGGACACUCCUGGUUGGGCCAUGGGUGCCCAUGGGAGCUCAGAACCCCAUUUCAUGGGAGGUGCAGCGAUUUGAUGGGUGGUACAACAACCUCAUGGAGCACAGAUGGGGCAGCAAAGGCUCUCGGCUACAGCGCCUCGUCCCAGCCAGCUAUGCAGAUGGUGUGUACCAGCCCUUCCGAGAGCCUCACCUGCCCAACCCCCGGGCACUUAGCAACACAGCCAUGAGGGGCCCAGCAGGGCAGGCCUCCCUGCGAAACCACACAGUGCUGGGGGGCUACCACGUGCUCUCGGACCUGGUGAGCGUGGAAAAGCCUGGCUGCCCGGCCGAGUUCCUCAACAUCCACAUCCCGCCCGGAGACCCCGUGUUCGAUCGCGACCAGAGCGGGGAGGUGGUGCUCUCCUUCCAGAGGAGCCGCUGGGACCCCGAGACCGGACAGAGCCCCAGCAACCCCCGGGACCUGGUGGGCGGGGCAGGCGGCUGGGGGUGGGGCGGGGGCGGGACCUGAGGCAGCUGGAACGACGAGCUGCGGAGCUUCUCCGGGGGGCAGCUGGCGUCGGGGCCCGACCCCGCCUUCCCCCGGAACGCGCACGACCCGCUGCGUAUGUGGACGGCGCCCGACCCCGCCACGGGACGGCGCGGGCCCCGGGGGCUGUACGCCUUCGGGGCGGAGCGAGGGAACCGCGAGCCCUUCCUGCAGGCGCUGGGCCUGCUCUGGUUCCGCUACCACAACCUGUGGGCGCAGAGGCUGGCCAGCCAGCACCCGCUCUGGGGGGACGAGGAGCUGUUCCAGCACGCGCGCAAGAGGGUCAUCGCCACCUACCAGAACAUCGCGAUGUAUGAGUGGCUGCCCAGCUUCCUGCAGCAAGCACCGCCGAAUUACACAGAGUACCGCCCUUUCCUGGACCCCAGCAUCUCUCCGGAGUUCCUGGCAGCCUCUGAGCAGUUAUUCUCCACCAUGGUGCCCCCUGGCGUCUACAUGAGAAAUGCCAGCUGCCACUUCCAGGGGGUCAUCAAUAGGAACUCAAGUGUCUCCAGAGCUCUCUGGGUCUGCAGUAGCUACUGGAGCUGAGAGCACCCAAACCUACAAAGAGCUGAAGAUGUGGACUCGCUGCUGCUGGGCGUGGCCUCCCAGAUAGCUGAGCGAGAGGACCAUGUGGUGGUUGAGGACGUAUGAGAUUUCUGGCCUGGGCCACUGAAUUUUUCCCGCACAGACCACCUGGCCAGUUGCCUGCAGCGGGGCUGGGAUGUGGGCCUGCCCUCUUACACGAAGGCCAGGGCAACGCUGGGCCUGCCUCCAGUUACCAGAUGGCAGGACGUCAACCCUGCACUCUUCCUGAGUGAUGGCACUGUGCUGGAGGCCACAGCUGCCCUGUACAACCAGGACCUGUCCCAGCUGGAGCUACUCCCCGGGGGACUCCUGGAGAGCCAUGGGGACCCUGGACCCCUCUUCAGCGCCAUCGUCCUCGAUCAGUUUGUGCGACUGCGGGAUGGCGACCGCUACUGGUUUGAGAACAGCAGGAAUGGGCUGUUCUCUGAAAAAGAGAUUGCAGAGAUCAGAAACACUUCCCUACAGGAUGUUCUAGUAGCUGUCACCAACGUAAACCCUGGUGCCCUGCAGCCCAACGUCUUUUUCUGGCAUGCUGGAGACCCCUGACCGCAGCCAAGACAGCUCAGCACAGAGGGCCUGCCGGCCUGUGCUCCCCGCGUCUUGCGGGACUAUUUUGAAGGCAGUGGAUUUGGCUUCGGGGUCACCAUCGGGAUUCUGUGCUGCUUCCCCCUGGUGAGCCUGCUCAGUGCCUGGAUUGUUGCCCAGCUCUGGAGGAGAUAUUUAAAGAGGCUCCAGGGCCAGAGCCGCCAGAGCAGCAUGUCUGAGAAGCUCGUGGGGAGCAUGAAAGCCUCAGAAUGGCAGGGCCGCAAGGAGCCUUGCCGGCCUGUGCUCGUGCACCUGCAGCCCGGGCAGAUCCACGUGGUGGAUGGCAGGCUCUCUGUGCUCCGCACCGUCCAGCUGAGGCCCCCGCAGCAGGUCCACCUCAUCCUGUCCAGCAACCGCGGGGAUCGUGCCCUACUGCUCAGGAUCCGCAAGGAGUAUGACCUGGUUCUGCUAUUUGACCUGGGGGAAGAGCGGCAGGUGAUGCUGGAAAACCUCUGGGGGGCUCUGAAGGAGAGUGGGCUGAGCUUCCAGGAGUGGGAGCCGUGGGAGCAGGAGCUGAUGAGGGCCGCUGUGACGCGGGAGCAGCGGAGCCAUCUCCUGGAGACCUCUUUCAGGCACCUUUUCUCCCAGAGAGAGAGCCGAGACUUCCUGUCUCCCAGGGUAACUUCAUUCUAGCCCCUGCUGUUCACCAAGGCUCACGAGAAGUUUCAACGCAACCGUGGCCACCAGACGGUGCAGCAGUUCAAGCGCUUCGUCGAGAACUACCGGUGCCACAUCGGCUGCCCGGCCGUGUUCUACACCAUCGCCGGGGUUCUCUUCCUGGAGAGGGCCUACUACUACGCCUUUGCGGCUCAUCACGUGGGCAUCACGGACACCACCCUCGUGGGCAUCAUCCUGUCGCGGGGCACGGCGGCCAGCGUCUCCUUCAUGUUCUCCUACAUCCUGCUUACCAUGUACGGCAACCUCGUCACCUUCCUGCGAGAGACCUUCCUCAACCGCUACGUGCCCUUCAACGCCGCCGUGGUUCAUUGCCUCAUUGCCUCCACUGCCAUCGUCCUCGCAGUCUUACACAGUGCAGGCCACGUGGUGAAUGUGUACCUCUUCUCCAUCAGCCCGCUCAGCAUCCUCUCCUGCCUCUUCCCCGGCCUCUUCCAUGACAACGGGUCCGAGUUCCCCCAGAAGUGUUACUGGUGGUUCUUCCAGACCGUGCCAGGUCUCACGGGGGUCAUGCUGUUCCUGGUUCUCGCCAUCAUGUACAUCUUCGCCUCCCACCACUUCCGGCGCCGCAGCUUCCGGGGCUUCUGGCUGACCCACCACCUCUACAUUCUGCUCUACGUGCUGCUCAUCAUCCAUGGCAGCUUCGCUCUGAUCCAGUUACCCCGUUUCCACAUCUUCCUGGUCCCAGUACUUAUCUACAUGGGGGACAAGCUGGUGAGCCUGAGCCGGAAGAAGGUGGAGAUCAGUGUGGUGAAGGCGGAGCUGCUGCCUUUAGGAGUGACCCACCUCGAGUUCCAGCGGCCCCAAGGCUUUGAGUACAAGUCAGGACAGUGGGUGCGGAUCGCCUGCCUGGCUCUGGGGACCAACGAGUGCCACCCCUUCACCCUGACUUCUGCCCCCUACGAGGACACACUUAGCCUGCACAUCUGGGCAGCAGGGCCCUGGACCACCCGCCUCAGGGAGAUCUACUCACCCCUGACGGGUGACAGCUGUGCCAAACAUCCAAAGCUGUACCUCGAUGGACCAUUUGGAGAGGGCCACCAGGAGUGGCAUAAGUUUGAGGUGUCCGUGCUGGUGGGAGGGGGCAUUGGGGUCACCCCCUUUGCCUCCAUCCUCAAAGACCUGGUCUUCAUGUCAUCAGUCAGCUGCCAAGUGUUCUGUAGGAAGAUCUACUUUGUCUAGGUGACACGGACCCAGCGGCAGUUUGAGUGGCUGGCUGACAUCAUCCGGGAGGUGGAGGAGAAUGACCACCAGGACCUGGUGUCCGUGCACAUCUGCAUCACCCAGCUGGCUGAGAAGUUUGACCUCAGGACCACCAUGCUAUACAUCUGUGAGCGGCACUUCCAGAAGGUGCUGAACCGGAGUCUGUUCACAGGCUUGUGCUCCAUCAGCGACCUUGGCCGACCCCCCUUCGAGCCCUUCUUCAGCUCUCUGCAGGAGGUCCACCCACAGGUCCAGAAGAUCGGGGUGUUUAGCUGUGACCCCCCUGGCAUGACCAAGAAUGUGGAAAAGGCCUGUCAGCUCAUCAACAGGCAGGAGGGGAUUCAUUUCUCCCACCAUCAUGAGAACUUGUAGGCCUCCUGCCCAGGGCCUCUGCCCACUGCCCAGCUGAGCAGAGGUUUGGCCCCAUACCUCACCUCUAGCUUUCCUGUUUCUGACUCCCUCAGCCGUCUCCCCAUUUGCGCCUCCCAACCUUGGUCCAGGUGGCCAUGGUCAGUCACGUCAUGCGGGUUCAGGGACUCCCAGGCCCGGAAGGUCUCAGCCUGGAGAAAUGCAAGGCACUGUGUGGGGACUAGAGGUUGGGAGGUAGGAGAGCUAUUACUGCUUUGGGGCAAAGUGACACCUCUUCUUCCAAAGUAAGAAAAAAAAUCAAAAGACUGGAGGAGACAAAUUGUGUGUGUGUGUGUGUGUGUGUGUAGGGGGCUGUGAGCCUAAGGAUGAAGUGGGAGCACAGAUGCUGGCAUCCUAAAACCCCUUCCCCCAAAUCUCCUCUCCUCUGAGCUCCCCACUGUCAAAAGGGCUGGCAAAUGCCUUAGAGAGGGUAGAGGGUAGACCCACAGAGAGCAAUUUACAGGAACCACCUCAGCACCCCACUCUAACAGCACAACUGAUCUUUUCUCCCAACUUUUUAAACGUGUGCUGUAGUCAAAACCUGCCCCAGCAUGCCUCAGUGCUCCUCAGCUCUUCUCUUCCUGCUCUAAUAGCCUCUUUUAUAAAUAAGCCACUUUCCUGCCCUUAGGGUUUCUUUAUUCUGCUGCAGGAUGGGGUAGGUACUAGCAGGGGAAGCCACUCACGCAGCCAGCUCACCGAGGCUGGGCCACACGUUCUCUCGGAGCUUGCCUGUACCCACUGACUAAGGGAACCCCUCCAAGGCCAAGCGCCCCAGCUAGAGACCCCUUCUCCUGCUCAGGGGCACCUUUCCUGACAGAGGGUCUCUCAGGGCAGCUAGUGUGGGGCUCCUGAGGCCUGGUCAGGAGGGGCAGAGGGAGGUGUGAGGGUUUCUGGUGACGGUGGGCUGGGCACAAAGAAGGGAGCAGUGUAGCAAGACACAGCAGGAGUCUACAGGGAGCCAGAGUUCACUGGCUUGCUCCAGGACC